UAUGACACCGUCCUUAACGAAUUUGACAUUGACAGGGACGUAACAAGAUUCAACGUUCCGCUUUGAUUUUGGUGUUUUUCUUGUAUCUUGCACAUUUUAAUUACCUUUUUCAAGGAAGUCCAGCACCUUAUUUCAGUGUUUAAUGAGAAAGCUUCUUUAGUAGCGAGAGCAAAAUGGACAUGAAAGGCGACCUGGAUCUCAGUGGCAAAUUAAUUAUUAAAAUUCAGUUUGGCGAUGAUAUUCGAAGAAUUCCAAUACACAACGAGGCCAUUACGUACGACGAAUUAGUUUUAAUGAUGCAACGAGUUUUUCGGGGCAAACUAUCUGCAAAUGACGAUAUUACUUUGAAGUACAAAGACGAAGAUGGCGAUCUAGUGACAAUUUUUGAUAGCACUGAUCUAUCAUUUGCCAUCCAGUGCAGUAGAAUACUGAAGCUGCAAGUUUUCCUAAACAAAAAGUGUGAGACUGACAACAUUUCCCGGACUGACGUAGCCAAGCUGAAGCAGCAAAUUAGAACUAUCCGCGAUCACGUGAAUAAACUGCUGGACUAUGUCGACGAAGUCAAGACCGCCAAGCCUGCCUCACAUAGACAAGAGUGCAGCGAUUUUGCCCUAGAGUCCAAUGCCCCCAAUAGUACUGUAAGCAAAGUCAAUUCAAGCGAGUUCGACCCCCUACAGGAGAAGCACCAAAAGAAUGGCACUGAGGACCAAAAGCCGCCUUCAAAGCCCUCUACACCUCAGUUGGCUUUGCAGAAUGAGGGUUCGAAUUCGAGGCCCCAGUCAGCAUCCAUGAUUUCUCAGCAGUCUGCAUCUCAGCAGCAGCAGCAGCAGCAGCCUGUGUCCACGUCAGCUGCAGCAGUGAAUUCACACAUGAACGACUACUUUGCUAGGAGUUCUUUGGGAAUGCAGUAUCCAGGUCUGUCUGCAUAUCCACAGCAGUACAAUUUUCCGUCAACUGGGUAUGUUCCGAUACGUUCCCCAAGUGAUGGACAGUUCCCAAGUUCCAAGUUCAAACGCGUUUGCAAACCCACCCCAAGGUAGCAUACCUUAUCCUACUCAGCAACAAUACGGGCACCCGCCGGGCAGCGUAGUCUAUCCCCCCGGACAGGCCAACCCUUAUUCUAAGGCGUUCACGCAGCCCAACCCCCAGCAGCACGGAUACCUGCCCCCUCGUCAAUAAGUCUGUUUUAAUUUCAUGAAACAAAAUGAGCACGAUCUACUAGUAGGAUGCGUUAAAUCGUUUAGCGCUAUCGUUUUAAUGGAUUGUCUUCUCGUCAUGUUUAGCACUAAUUUCUAAUUUUGAUAUUAAACACCAUUCUGCAAAUAAAAGCCACGUUUAUGCCGAAUGAAUAGUUGAUUCGUUGCAAAUUCUACAAGGCAAAUGUGGCAUUUAUUGUUGAAAUGGUUCUGUUGUUUUUUUUACCUUUGCAUUAAUAAUUGCCUUUCACUUUAAUUAUCAGUACAUUUUGUAGCCUUUAAGCAAUAAAGUGUGGGCAACAGCAGUUUGUCUUAGA